AUGGCCGCGCAGCAGCUUGUCCGCCGGUGGAUCCUGACCGGCUCUGUGACUGCCGUCACCGUCACUGGAGCUCUCUAUGGAGCUACUCUGAAGAACGACCAGGAAAAGGCUCAGGCAAGGAAGCGAGUCAUGGCCCUUUCGGCCGAUGAAAAGAUUGCACAGUACCAGACCAUGAUUGAGGAAUGGGAACGGACAAAGAACGAACUCGAACGCAAAUUGGACAAUUUCCACGCAAGGAAGAGAGGUCAAGACGUUGGGGAAGGAGAUCGGAGGAGCUCGCCGCGCUAG